AUGUUUGGUGGCAGUUUGGAGUUCAGUUUUUCAAAAUACGCUCCACUGGAGCAUCGACUCUUGGUGGAUCCUCCAAAAUCUCGAGCUGUUCAUGUGGAAAAAGAUGCAAGUUGAGGCAGUCCCCCAUCUGGUAGCGUGGCCGAGCGGUCUAAGGCGCUGGAUUUAGGCUCCAGUCUCUCUGGAGGCGUGGGUUCGAAUCCCACCGCUGCCAAGUUUUGCGAGAAUCGGCACACUGCUGCAACUACUUGCCGA